AUGUCUAGCUACAAGCAACUCAUUCUCGUCGACUGUGAUGGUGGACGUGGAAGUUUAUUCAAUGAUACGACAAUUUUUUGUCAACUACCACCAAAUUGUGAAUUUUACUUAUUUUGGAACAAACACGAUCCAACAGUAACAGACGGUCUCUAUAAACAACUAUCUGGAAUUCCACAAAUUCACUUGUGUCCAUCGCACUUUAUAAAUUCUAAGAAUUCCGCUGAUGGUAAACUCAUUUAUUUUUUAGGCAAGCUUGUUGAGAAGUUUCAAUUCAUUCUUCUCGUUCAUGGCAACGAUAAUAUUUACAAAGAAGUUAUUAAGAGUGUUAUUGACGAUUAUAGUCAAGAAAAAAUUGCUGGGGAAGAAAUUCAAUUUCCUUCCACUCAAGUUUUAAAUGAAUUAUUUUCACAAUGUCGUAAGCGAAAUGAACAGCAUCGUUGUGUAGAUCCCAAGCUGGUAGAUCCAUUGCUAAAACUUGCAUCAGUACGUCAACCUAUAGAUACAAUUGAAGCGAGCUGUUCGCAAUGUUCAAAGACAUUUAAGGAUAAGCUGGUACUGUGGCAGCACAAGAAACAGAAACAUAAGAUAAAUACUUCACUCACUUGUGCCUGUUCAUUUACAUGCGUUACUACUAAGAAAUUUAAACGUCAUCAAAAAGCAAAAAAACAACCCUUUAUUGAUGACCAAGGUAUAGUUUGUUGCUUAGCUGCAAAUAAAUUGUCCAAAAUUUACCUGACUACGGAUUCGGCAUCAAAAACAAUAUCAGCUGGUAAAACAAAUCAAUGCCAUUUUCCGAAUUGCGCUCGCCGCUACUUCAAGCCUUCUGGAUUUAUCAGUCACUUGAAGGCAAAACAUGCUAACGACAUUGAUAUUCAAGUGCAAUGUUGCAAUUUAGAUAUCAAGUAUACAUUGGACGAAUUUCAUUGUCAUGUUAAUUUGCAACACAAACUUGUAGGUGCUUAA